CCAAGUCUCGGCGACGCGGGCUUUGGGGAAACAGCCUCUUGCACUUAGAGGCCCGACCCGGGGGAAGGCCAGAGGGCGGCGCGUGCCUGGAGUGCCAAACCACUGUGCCACCCAAUUUGGAUCCUGGCUUCUCUCAAAAGACCCUAUGGCUAAUUGUUUGAUAACACUGGUGUAGCCAAUACUACAUGAAACUAAGAUGUAUGGAUAAAGACUAUUGGUUUUAAACUGAUUUUUUUAUCCACAUCUGUGUAUAUGGAUUUUUCUCACCAAAGAGGAUGACUUUAUAACCCUGGAAUAUUUGGAUAAUGUGAGAUUUUGGAUGCAGUGAUGUCGGCUCUCUGUCCACCACCAUCUCCAGCUGUUGCCAAGACAGAGAUUAUUUUAAAUGGUAAAUCACCUUUAUUAGCAGCUACCUUUGCUUACUGGGACAAUAUUCUUGGCCCUAGAGUAAGACACAUUUGGGCUCCAAAGACAGAACAGGUACUUCUCAGCGAUGGAGAAAUAACUUUUCUUGCCAACCAUACACUAAAUGGAGAAAUCCUUCGAAAUGCAGAGAGUGGAGCUAUAGAUGUAAAGUUUUUUGUCUUAUCCGAAAAAGGAGUAAUUAUUGUUUCAUUAAUCUUCGAUGGAAACUGGAAUGGGGAUAGAAGUACAUAUGGAUUAUCAAUUAUACUUCCACAGACAGAACUUAGCUUCUACCUCCCACUUCACAGAGUGUGUGUUGAUAGACUAACACACAUUAUCCGGAAAGGAAGAAUAUGGAUGCAUAAGGAAAGGCAAGAAAAUGUCCAGAAGAUUGUCUUAGAAGGCACAGAAAGAAUGGAAGAUCAGGGUCAGAGUAUUAUUCCUAUGCUUACUGGAGAAGUAAUUCCUGUAAUGGAACUACUUUCAUCUAUGAAAUCACACAGUGUUCCUGAAGAAAUAGAUAUAAUUGAUACUGUUCUCAAUGAUGAUGAUAUUGGUGACAGUUGUCAUGAAGGCUUUCUUCUCAAUGCCAUUAGCUCUCACUUGCAAACCUGUGGCUGUUCUGUCGUAGUAGGUAGCAGUGCAGAGAAAGUAAAUAAGAUUGUGAGAACACUAUGCCUUUUUCUGACUCCAGCAGAGAGAAAAUGCUCCAGAUUAUGUGAAGCAGAAUCAUCAUUUAAAUAUGAGUCAGGACUCUUUGUACAAGGCCUUUUAAAGGAUUCAACUGGAAGCUUUGUGCUGCCCUUUCGGCAAGUUAUGUAUGCUCCCUAUCCCACCACACACAUAGAUGUGGAUAUCAAUACUGUCAAGCAGAUGCCACCCUGUCAUGAGCAUAUAUAUAAUCAGCGCAGAUACAUGAGAUCAGAACUGUCAGCAUUCUGGAGGGCCACUUCAGAGGAAGAUAUGGCUCAGGACACAAUUAUCUACACAGACGAGAGUUUCACUCCUGAUUUGAAUAUUUUUCAAGAUGUUUUACACAGAGACACGCUAGUUAAAGCCUUCUUGGACCAGGUCUUUCAUCUGAAACCUGGUUUAUCUCUCAGGAGUACUUUCCUUGCACAGUUUCUACUUGUCCUUCACAGAAAAGCCUUGACACUAAUAAAAUACAUAGAAGAUGAUACGCAGAAGGGGAAAAAGCCCUUUAAAUCUCUUCGGAACCUGAAGAUAGACCUUGAUUUAACAGCAGAGGGCGAUCUUAACAUAAUAAUGGCUUUAGCUGAAAAAAUUAAACCAGGACUACACUCCUUCAUCUUCGGAAGACCUUUCUAUACUAGUGUACAAGAAAGAGAUGUUCUGAUGACUUUUUAAAUGUGUAACUUGUUUGUCACUAUUAUGAUUGCUGCUAAAGUAGUUCAGUGGUAUGUAUGGGUAACGCCAUUCCUUCCCUGUCAUGCCCCAGAGUCCUAAUCAGCAAUGGCAGUUAAAGUCAGUUACACUACAGUUGUCACAAGGUGUCUGUAAAGGGAUGUCAGGUGCAUCAUCGCAGUGGGUGCAUCUUUUCUUAGAUGUGCUUUCUUCGGAUACAGAUUUAUGUUUACAAUUAUAAUAAACAUUAUUGAUAUCUUUCAAAGAUAUAAGUGUUGAAACUUGACCAUAACUACUGUUUUUUCUAACUUAGGAUUCAUGGUUUACACGUGUCAAAGUGAAUCUGAAUUAACUUCACAGAUACUAGUUUGACAUUACAUCUCUUGGUGUUCUUGGUAUGUGAGAUUACUGUAAAACUUUUCAGUAGCUGAAAAUUAGAACAUCUAAAUCAUUUCAGUUUCAGAAAAAGAAAAUUAGCUUGUACAUAUCCUAAGCUUUAGGAAGAAAAUUACUGACCAAGCACAUGGUUCAUUGAAAUUAAUUAUUAAAUCCUGCAUUGUAGACUUAGUCCUUAGGAUCCUGUCUGUGUGGGAAUGUCAAGCAACAUGUAUUCUCCAAACAGUGACCCACAGUCCUGAUAUUGUUUAUUGAGCUUAGAAGUAGAAAAUUGAAUUUUAUGUUUUAGUAGAUAUUUCUCACUUAAAAUUAGUUCUCAUUAUUUUGAGCUGAAUUAAAAUGUGUACCUCCUGUGCCUUUUUUUCCCCUUGGAAAAUAUAAUCAUUUGGAAGAAGUUCAGAUUUAAGUAGUCAUUUUCAUCUUGCAUCAUUUUAUCUUGACUUGGUAGCCCCUGUAACUUGGAGAUAAUUAAAUGCUUUAGAAAAUAGAUUAAAUGGUAAAAAUAUUUUAUUCUGGAAUGGAGAACAGUGUCCUAUCUAGUUCCUUCUCAUGUUUCUGCCCAUAUUUAUAAAGUUUCUGCUAUGGCUUUUUGCCUACAUCAUAUGAAGAAUAACAAGAGAAACUUUGACAUGCUGAUUUACUAGGUGCUACUUUGGCAGAACUAACAUCUAUUUCUUUCAUGUGUUUGGACCAUUUUGCUGGCUAUAAAAUAACAUAAUUCUGUAUUAGAACAGUGCUGACAUAGUAAUAUACACAGCAUAAAAAUUUAUUUAGAACUGUGGAAUUACUACAAAAGGGAAUAUAUUUAUAAGAAAAGGAGAAAAGCGAUAAAGCCCCUCUGCUCUCAGAUACCACAUUCUAACAGAAUUGUGGUAUUUGGAAAGAUACUAAUAACCUUUCUAUCACUAAUAAGAAAAGAUAUAUGCCUUGAUUUUUAGACACGUGGAACUAGAUAACUAAUGUUGUAUUGCUGAGUCAUGAAAACAUUCACAGACAGCAACUUUGGUACCCUUUACUCAGUGCUUUUUACAUGAGAGACUAAUUGCUGACUGAGAAUUUUCUUUUGCUGGCUUAUUGUACUGUUAUAUAGAAUGCAAGUUGCACAGUGAAAUAAAUUAUGAAAGCAUGUGUAAACAUUACAUACCUUUCCUCCUAAAUGGAGAAUUUUAAAUAAAAUAUCUUUGAAAUUUUGCCUCUUACAGUUGUUUGUUCAACAAAGCAAUGUUAAGAUAUUGAAAGAUUGAUUGGCUUCCUAUGCAGCUGACAUUCAUAUUGUAUCUAAACUAUU